GCCUUAUAUAAGCGCUUCAACUCGGCCCAUACAAUGCUCUGCUAUCACUCAACCUAACAAUAUGCUCCGUCUUAUCUGCUUGUCAAUCCUUGCUUUUGUGGCUUUCGCAGAGGGCCGCAAACAUCACAUUGUUAACGGCACAUUUGGUGACAUUUGUGAACUCCCACACAUCGUUUUCGUUGCUAUAAAGAAGGAUGGCAAAGAUUUCGGUUGCAGUGGUUCUCUGAUCGAUUCCGAGCAUGUCCUCACCGCUGCUCACUGCCUGGCAGGAAAUGUAACCCAUAUCACAGUCAUGUUCGGCUCCGAACACAAAUAUUAUAUGUUGCACAAAUAUAUCGCAAAGUCCUAUUUUGCUCACUUGGAGUACAUAAAGAAUGACGUCACAGUCCUCAACGACAUUGCCGUCAUUAACCUUGGCCAGAAAAUUCCACAGGAGACGUGUCUGGAACCAAUUCAACUCGCUGAAAAAGAUGACGAAUUCGAAGAGAAAUGCAUAAUCGCUGGUUGGGGUAAAACAUCAUGGGAGUCUGCACCAACAAUAUUCCUGUUAAAGGGUGAGGUACCCAUAAUACCGAAGAAAGUGUGCUCAACCGUAGCUAACGGCCUACAAGAUCAGCAUAUAUGUGCUGGUAACCAGCUACGUAAUGGAACUACAACUUGCAAGGGUGACUCGGGAGGCCCGUUGACCUGUCGCCGUAAAAGCGACAGGAAACUCGUUCUGGUUGGCGUUGUCUCAUACGGCGAUAAAUGCGACAACGGAAUGUCAGUCUUCGCGAAAGCCUCUUAUUUCGCCGAAUGGAUUAAAGUUCACACAGAAAAGCAAGAAUAACCCUGGAAUACUUGGAGAUACAGCUACCAGAAGAAAUGCAUUCGGAUCAAUGGAUGAUCGAGUAUUAAGAUCAACAAGAACUGCUGCAUCUCAAUUGCUAUGAACAUGGAAAAUCAGAAAAAAAAUUUCGUCACAAGGGUAAUUGUCAGUGGUGUAUAUAUAAAUGUAUGUAAAUAUGUAUGUAUAUAUAUAUAUGCGCACAGUCUGUUAUAUAUAUUCCUCUAUGUAUACAACGCAUGUGAAUGUACACCGAUUAAUUAAAACAGAAAAAUAUCUAUUUUACAA